CGAGUUGAGGGUUCCAGGAACCUGCCUCAGCUUUGAAGAUCCUUUCCUGAUCCUUGGUUUUCCGGAGCUGCAGCUGCCGCCGCCGCCGCCGCUGCUGUUGCCGCUGUUGCUGCUGCCGCUGCUGUUGCUGCUACCGCUGCUGCUGCUUGCCGCACCAGCGCUCUCCACCACUGUCGUCUCCAGCUGCUCUCAGGCUAGGAUCCUUGAUCUGUACUCUCUUUCUCCGCUGUCACCAUGGACCAGCCUUGGAAGAAGAGUACAGAGGCAAUUGAAGACCCCCUCCCGGGCUCCCUCUGGCCCGGACUCCUAUUCACGAGGUGACCAGAGAGGAUGUUCUUACACCUGCUUCCGCGAGUGUAACCUAGGCGGACUCGAGAAGGCAAAUCCAGGGACACAUCCAGGGGACUAGUGAUGAGGAUCUCCGAAGGCACCUUCAGCACCAUCUUCACUUUCCUUUUCCUCCUCCCCUUCUGGAUUUGUUUAUAUAGCAUCCUAGCUUGGAGGGAUUUCCCAUCCCCCUUUCCCUUUUCACAUUUCACCCCCUCCCCCACCAGGGCUCAGAGCUCCUGCACGUGUUAGACACCCUCUGACAUCUCAGCUGAAAAGAGGCUUGGGGAGACAGGGAAAGAGGAGGUUGGGGAGGAGAGAGCAGUACAUAUUUCCGUACUCUCUCGCAUCUUCCAAGUCCUCCUUUUUCCUUUAGAAGAGCCUUUUACAAUUUUUUUCUUUCGUGCAUUUUUUUUCCAGGUGGGGGGUUGGGGUCAAGGCGUCGGAAAAUAAGGGAAAAGGUGAGAUGUAAUGAAUGGUCCUUUCUGCUGCUGCUGCUGCUGCUGCUGUUGCUGCUGCUGCUGCUGCUGUCACUGCUACUGCUGCUGUGCUUAGUAUGUUUCUCUGUUUGAUAGUUUCCGGAGAAGCAUGGUAACAUGAAUAGUCACUGAGUGUGAGAACCGGGCUAGAGAAAGGGAGGACGAGACUGAUCUGCUCAGCCUUUACUUUGCAAACAAUAACACUGAGAGGAGGUGGAGGAGGAGGAGGUGGAGAAGGAGGAAGAGGAGGAGGAGGAGAACGUGGAGAGGAGGAUUGCCAGCUCCCUUUGAGGGGUGUGUAUUGGUGCUGAGGCUGCAACAAAAGUUUCUAUCCACUCGUCUCAGUCUUGGGGUUUAAUCGCAGAGGAGAGGAAAGGACAUUGGCUUGGCUCACCAGGAACUACCAGGGAUCCUGCACUUUCCUCCAGCCAUCUAUACUGGAGUUGGUAUCAUUUGCCAUGAAGAGGAAACAGAAGCGAUUUUUGCAAAUGACUUUAUUGUUUAUGGUGGCUCUAAUUUUCCUGCCCAAUAUUGGUCUCUGGUCUCUCUAUAAGGAUAAGCAUCUGAUGAAAUCCACGGAACCUGGAGAGCAGCAGACCUUUCCAUUGGGCCUAGGAGAUGGUCAACUUUAUACCUGGACAGAUGGUUUGAAAAGAAAAGAUUGGCAUGAUUAUGGAAGCAUUCAUAAAGAUGCUCUGCGUUCAGGCAAGGGUGAACAUGGGAAGCCUUAUCCUCUCACUGAAGAAGAUCGGGAUGAUUCUGCAUACAGAGAAAAUGGCUUCAAUAUUUUUGUGAGCAACAACAUUGCUUUGGAGAGAUCACUGCCAGAUAUUCGCCAUGCUAACUGUAAACACAAGAUGUACCUGGAGAAGCUGCCAAAUACUAGCAUCAUUAUUCCUUUUCAUAAUGAAGGUUGGACUUCUCUUCUACGGACUAUACACAGCAUAAUUAACAGGACUCCAGACAGUCUGAUAGCUGAAAUCAUUCUAGUGGAUGACUUCAGUGAUAGAGAGCACCUUAAAGAUAAACUGGAAGAAUACAUGGCCCGGUUUUCCAAAGUGAGAAUUGUUCGAACCAAGAAACGGGAAGGACUCAUCCGAACCCGACUCUUGGGUGCAUCCAUGGCAAAGGGAGAAGUCUUAACCUUCCUAGACUCUCACUGUGAGGUCAAUGUGAACUGGCUGCCUCCUUUGCUUAACCAAAUUGCCCUAAAUCGCAAAACCAUUGUCUGUCCUAUGAUCGAUGUCAUUGACCACAAUCACUUUGGGUAUGAGGCCCAGGCAGGGGAUGCCAUGAGAGGAGCCUUCGACUGGGAAAUGUAUUACAAAAGAAUCCCCAUCCCCCCAGAACUCCAGAGGGCCGAUCCCAGUGACCCUUUUGAGUCUCCUGUUAUGGCUGGAGGGCUCUUUGCUGUUGACCGAAAGUGGUUUUGGGAAUUGGGUGGCUAUGAUCCAGGCUUAGAGAUCUGGGGAGGAGAACAGUAUGAAAUAUCUUUCAAGGUUUGGAUGUGUGGAGGAGGAAUGUUUGACGUUCCAUGUUCUAGAGUUGGUCAUAUCUACAGGAAGUACGUCCCUUAUAAAGUUCCAUCUGGGACCAGCUUGGCAAGAAACCUAAAGCGUGUGGCGGAAACCUGGAUGGAUGAAUUCGCAGAGUACAUUUACCAGAGGCGACCCGAGUACAGACAUCUUUCCACCGGUGACAUCUCUGCCCAGAAAGACCUCCGUAAACACCUCAAAUGCAAAGACUUCAAGUGGUUCAUGGCGGCCGUGGCCUGGGAUGUGCCAAAGUACUACCCCCCAGUAGAGCCCCCACCAGCUGCUUGGGGGGAGAUUCGAAAUGUGGCUGCCAACCUCUGCGUAGACAGUAAGCAUGGUGCCACAGGGACUGAGCUGAGGCUGGAUAUCUGUGUGAAGGAUGGCUCUGAAAGGACAUGGUCCCAUGAACAGCUCUUCACCUUUGGCUGGAGGGAAGAUGUGCGUCCUGGAGAACCACUCCACACCCGGAAAUUUUGCUUCGAUGCCAUUUCCCACAGUAGCCCUGUCACCCUCUAUGACUGUCAUGGCAUGAAGGGGAACCAGCACUGGGGCUAUCGGAAGGACAAAACUUUAUUCCAUCCGGUGAGCAACAGCUGCAUUGAUUGCAACCCAUCAGAGAAGAAGAUUUUCAUGAACAGAUGUGACCCUCUCUCGGAGACUCAGCAGUGGAUUUUUGAACACAUUAACAUGACUAUUUUAGAAAAAGUGAACAGCAACAUCAGCUCCUAGAAAGAAAGAAAGGACAUCGGGGACAAUGACAUGCAGAUUGCAAGUGAAAUUUCGGCCAGCGGCAUCUGGGUCGAAGGAGUCAGGAAUUAAAAUUUCCUAGAUCCAGGAAGCCUGUUUAAAGGAUUAAGGAGAUGCCGAGGCAGAGCCCAGUAAGCUGCCACCAUGGACUUCCUGCAUCUGAACGACUUGGCUGAGAAUCUCACCAGCUGCUUCAGAGAACUACAGACUGGCAUUUCCCUUGCUGGUCAAGGGCAAACUUUAUUAAGGACUUUUCAAAACAACUUCUGAGUUAAUAAAGUGAAACAAAAUCCUAGCAUUUCUCAGGUCAAAUCCUGCAGUAGUGAGUAGCUAUGAAUGGAUGCUAUUAAUUGGGGGAGGGGUGGGCAAAGGGAAGGGGGGAAAAACCCGAGUGCAUGACUGCUAUGGAAAACCUGAAGCUCUCACAGGUUUAGAACUAGCCCCACUUCAGGGAUCGUAGGCUAUCCCCACAAGUGGACAAACUAUACUUUUGGUGCCAUUCUCUUAAUAAAAAUGGGUUAAGCAGGUUUAA